ACGGAUAAUAGUCAGAAGGUCCCAGGCACUCAGGAGCCGAGCACGUCUACCCCGAACUGGUCACAAACAACAUGGCGGCGGCUGCUGGUCGGUGUCGGCUUUUACGACCAAGAUAUUUUCACUAUUUCCGCCACACCCCGAGAAUAACAACGACAGUAAGACACAAAACAACUGCUUCCCUUGCCGCCUCGGAGAAGACUGCUGGGCCCCUGUAUGUGCCGGUGCUCCUCUGUCAUGGCACUCUGGGCGGGAGGGUGCCGGGGGUAUGUGCUAGAGCCCUCCACACCUCCCCCGCGGCCUGCAGACUGGUGCCGUUCCUCCUGGCUGACAUAGGAGAGGGAAUUAAGGAGGUGGUGAUCAGAGAGUGGUUUGUUAAUGAGGGGGAUACAGUUGCCCAGUUUGACAGUAUAUGUGAGGUGCAGUCGGACAAGGCUUCAGUCACCAUAACCAGCCGUUACGAUGGGGUGAUUAAGAAGCUACACUACGAGGUGGAUGACACGGCUCUGGUCGGCAAGCCAUUGGUCGAUAUUGAGGUGUCCAAGGAAGAUGACUCGGUGGGAGCUGAGGUGCUGGAGGGGGAGGCCAUCUCUGUGGGGCGUCCUACAGGGGGUUCCUCAGGGCAGAGUACAAACUUUACCCUUCCCCGUGGCAAGGUUCUGACCACCCCUGCUGUGAGGAGGAUGGCUGCUGAACAUAAGAUUGACCUCAACGACGUCCAGGGCAGUGGUAGAGACGGCCGGAUCAUGAAGGAGGACCUGCUGCAAUAUUUAGAGAAGAAGACCCAGAAGGCUUCCCCGGGUCCCUCCCCAACGCCCACUCCUGCCCCAGCUCCCCCCUCCUCUAGGCCGCCGUCCACCCCGCUGCCCCCCACCCCGCCUCCCCGCCUGGCCCCCUCCCUGCCUGUGGUGCUGGGCCAGGACAAGACAGAGGCCAUCAAGGGGUUCAGAAAGGCCAUGGUGCGCACUAUGACCCAGGCUAAUCAAAUCCCCCACUUCUGCUACUGCGACGAGGUGGACAUGACGGCACUGGUGGGGCUGCGGGGACACCUCAAGGCAGCGGCAGAGGCUUAUGGCGUCAGGCUCUCCUACAUGCCGUUCUUUAUCAAGGCUGCCUCCAUUGCACUCUCUCACUACCCCAUCCUCAAUGCCUCCGUGGAUGACAAGUGUGAGAAUAUUACGUACAAGGCAAGCCACAACAUAGGUCUAGCCAUGGACACCAGCGAGGGCCUAGUGGUGCCCAAUGUGAAGGGGGUGCAGGGCCUCACACUUAUGGAGGUCGCUGCCGAACUGAACCGCCUGCAGGAACUGGGUCUCAGGGGCAGUCUCUCCACACGUGACAUCACCGGGGGGACUUUCACCAUCUCCAACAUCGGUUCGAUCUCAGGCACCUAUGCAAAACCAGUAAUUCUACCUCCUGAAGUGGCCAUAGGUGCUGUCGGAAAGAUUCAGGUGCUGCCGCGGUUCGACUCGUCAGGUAACGUGGUCCGCGCUCACAUCAUGCAGGUGAGCUGGUCGGCAGAUCAUCGCGUCAUUGAUGGAGCAACGAUGGCCAACUUCUCAAAUAUGUGGAAAUCAUUUUUGGAGAACCCUAGCAAGAUGGUUCUUCACUUAAAAUAAUUGUGUAGAAGAGUGGAUGCGUGUAUGUGUGUGUGUGUGUGUGUGUGAGUGAGUGAGUGGAUGUGUGUAUGUGUGUAAAUAUGUGUGUGUUUGUGUAUAUAUGCAUGUAUGGUGUGUGUGUGUGUGUGUGUGUGUGUGUGUGUGUGUGUGUGUGUCAGAGAGAGAGAGAGUGUGAGAGUGAGUAUCCUCGUUUUACUGAUCAUAAGCAUGUGUAUGUAUGUACGUGUGUUUGUAUGAUAAUUGUCCCCCUGUAUAGCUCUAUUAGCACUGUGUGUGUGUAGCUUUACAAGUCCUUACCAAAACACUUAGGCACCAGCACCACCACUUGUAACAGGCUGAAGUGGUCGUUAGCAUGGUUUCCGAGGUCAUUGCUGCUGGUGGCACUUUGACAAGCCCUCAGUGUCAUUAUAAACAGAAAACGUGGAAACCUAAAGCUUCUCUUUGCCCUUUAAAAACAAUUAUGAGAGCAUUACACAGUUUCUCAACAUUAUAAAGAAAACACCCUUGAGAACCUAAUUAAUCAGUACUUAUGAGAGAACACACUUGGAAACCUCCCUAGCCAUCCAUGCAGCCUUUGAAAAUAAUUAUAAGAGCUUUACACAGUUUCUCAGCAUUAAUAUAUUAAAAAAAAAAUCUUGAAAACCUAAUUAAUCAGUAUUUAUGAGAAAACUCCUUUGAAAACCUGCCUAGCCACCUAUGCAGUCUUUGAAAGCAGUGGUGAAGUGUGCCUAGUGUCUGGAGUCUAAUAAGAGGUGGUGGUUUUAGUUAAUCAGAAUGCUUAAGACUAGAGGAACCAUCUCGGCUUUGGUAGUGGCAAGGCUGGGGUUGGUAGGCCUAGGAUGGCUUGUUCCCGGUUGUUAGUGAGGUUUAUUGGGUAAUUGUUGAGGUGAGACCAAUUGUUCCUCCAUGUGAUGUGUUUUUUGAGAUUGUACGAUUUAUUUAUUUAUUUUAUUUUGUUUAUAUUUGCUUUUAUUUAUUUAUUUUUUUUAUUACUGUUUCUCGCAGUGAGUUAUAAAGUGGGUCAGUUUCGGUUUUACCAUUUGAAGUCAGGCCAGGAAUUCAUUGCAAGUGGCUUUGGGGCAUGAAAGAGAGAUGUUUAUUAUGUCAGUUUGUGUUCAUUUAAUAAGUCUAAUGAGUGCCAUUUAUUCACAUUACUGGUCUUUAUUUACUAUUUACAUCACAGCAUCCUUAAGUAAUUUCUGCAGCUGUAGCAAUUAAAGAAAAAAAAAGUAAUGGCUGCAAUUCUUUAGCGGUGAAUUUAGUAAGCCUAUUCGUGCCAUUUUCAUAUUACUGGUCUCAGGUCUUUAUUUACAUUGUCACAGUGUCCUUGAAGUAAUGCCUGUAACACUACCACUGAAAUAAGUUAACAAAAUAAGUAGUUUGUCAGUUUGUGUUCAUUUAGUAAGCCUGUAAGGAAGCCUGACGUGUGCCAUUCAAUAUUGGUCUGUUUACAUUGUCAUAGCAUCCACAUGGCUGGGGGGGGGGGGGAAGGGUACACGAGCCUCAUUUUGAAUUAUAACUUGUGAUUUAGUUAUAGGGCGUUUAGAAGACUUAUUUUUGUAGGCGAAUAUUAUGAGCUAGUCACUCGUUUUGUGUUAGAUGAUUAAAGAGGGGAGAGUGUGCAGGGAGCAGCUAUGAGGAAGACAAUAUAGAGAAUUUUUCAAACAGCGAGAAGUUUUGCACCCUUAUUCAUCUGUUUGGUGACUUAUUUUUCUCUUUUUUUCGUGUAUCGGGUUGACUGGCCGAGAAAAAAAGAUAAAAAUAUUAAAAAUGAACUGCAGAUGCUAUUUUCCCCCACGAGAGAGAGAGAGAGAGAGAGAGAGAGAGAGAGAGAGAGAGAGAGAGAGAGAGAGAGAGAGUUGGGCCUUGCAGUAUAUAAGUACAGUAUAAUUUAUGAAAUGCAGGAAAUACAGGUACUAAUCUACAGUAUUGGACAAAAGACAGCUAUAAUGUAAAUAAUUAAUGAAAGAUAACGUGAUAAAAAGAAAGAAGGAAGAUAAAACAUACUACUACUACUACUAUUACUACUACUACUUCUAUUACUACUGCAGGUAAUCGUAACUGCCAUGUGAUAAACUAUUGGGUUGAAGUAUAGUAUAUGUGUUCAUUAGACUCAGUGUAAGGUUUUAAGUCAUUAAAUACAUGGAUAAAAUUUC